AUGAAAGAACUUAUAUCGUUAGAUUUAUCGGUAAACUGGCUUUCUGGAGAACUUCCCAUGAGCUUGUCAAAGUUAAACUUCUUGAGUAGCUUCAACGUGUCCUUCAACAGUUUGACAGGAAGAAUUCCAACAAGUACACAGCUUCAAAGCUUCAGUGAGUCUAGCUUCUUUGGCAACAAACUUUGUGGAGCUCCACUAACUGAAACUAAUGGUUGUGAACGGGUUAAAGCAGCAACUCAUACAAUAGGAGAGAAAAAAGAAGAGGAUGGAGCAGAUUGGGGGUUGAUUAUAAGCAUAGUGGUUGGAUUUGUUUGUGGAUUUUGGAUGAUUAUGGGUCCAUUGAUAGUGAGAAGAUCAUGGAGGAUUGCAUAUUUCAGUUUUGUGAGUAAUUUGAGACAAGCACUUCUCCGGUUCAAGCAUGGCCUCACUGAUGAAUCACAACGACUCGCUUCGUGGGUUGCUGAGAACAAGGACUGUUGUACAUGGGCUGGGAUAGCAUGUGAUAAUUCCAUAGGUCAUGUUCAUCGUAUUCAUCUUCCUGGAUCUGACGGUCAUUGUGAUAUCCUAUAUGAUGGCGUGACAUUGAAAGGGGAAAUAAGUCAAUCUUUGUUGGAUCUAAAGCAACUCAAGCAUUUGGAUUUGAGUUGCAAUGAUUUUGGAGGCAUCCAAGUUCCUAAAUUCAUUGGUUCUUUUCAAAACCUAAGGUACCUUAACCUUUCAUAUUCCAAUUUUGGCGGAAGUAUCCCUCCACAACUAGGGAAUCUCUCAGAAUUACAUGUACUGUGUCUUGGAAGAUUUCAUUAUUAUUAUCUUGAAAGAACGAGCAUGGCGAAUAUGAAGUGGUUGUCAAGUCUUGGUAUGUUGCAUCACCUCGAUAUGAGUGGCUUGGACCUUAGCAAAGCAACCGAUUGGCUUCAGGUGAUUAACACCCUUCCUUCUUUGGUCCAGCUACAUUUGUCUGAUUGCAAACUCUCUAAUCUACACAUGUAUGUUCCUAGUGUCAAUCUCACAUCCCUUUCUGUUCUCGAUCUUUCUUACAAUAAUUUUAACAAUUCAGUAUCACAAUGGAUAUUCAGUGUAACUAGUCUAGUUUCAUUGGAUUUAACUCGGUGUCAUUUUCGUGGUCCUAUUCCUAGCUUCCGCAAUCUGACUUCUCUUGAGUUGCUUCUUGUUGCCGGGAAUGAUUUCAUGAAUUCUUCCUCAAUAUUUCAAGAGUUGUCCAGUAGUAAUCUCAUCACAUUAGAUAUUAGAAGUUGUGGUAUUUCAAGUUCAGUUCUAGAUUCCCUUCAAAAUCUAACAAAUCUUAUUAGCCUGCGCUUGUCUGACAAUCAACUCACUAAGAGAAUACCUAAAUCAUUGGGUAACUUUUGUAAUUUCAGAGAGAUUGAUUUGUCUGGUAACAAUAUUGGUGUUGUGACAGAAGCUCACUUUAUCAAACUAGUGAGCUUGAAGGAUCUAAAAGGAUCAGCUAACAAAUUCAUCUUAAAGCUGCAAGUUGCAAACUGGAUUCCCCCUUUCCAGUUGAGAUCCUUGCUUCUGAGAAAUUGGGUUUUAGGGCCUCAAUUUCCGUCGUGGUUGCAAUCACAGAAGGAUUUACAGGAAUUAGACAUAAGCAACACAGGCAUUUCAUCGCCCAUGCCAGAAUCAUUUGUAAGAUCAUUCUCCGAGCUAUGGGAUUUGAAUAUGUCAAAUAAUCAUAUUCGAGGACCCUUAACGUUCUCUGGUAUCGCUGCCACACUUGAAUUUAUUGACAUUAGCUCGAAUGCGUUUCGGGGAUCGUUACAUCCUUUGUUGUGUUCCAGUGGUAUGACAAGCACAUCUUUUCUUAAUUUGGAAAAUAAUCAUUUGUCGGGUGACCUUCCAGAGUGUUGGGAGAAAUGGCCAAGGUUGGAUAUCUUAAAUUUGGGGAAUAACAGUUUGUCUGGUGAGAUUCCAAGAACAUUGGGUUCUUUACAUUUAACGUAUCUGAACAUGCAUGGGAACAAGAUCUCCGGAAGAUUACAUUCUUCUCUAAUGAACUUAACAUAUCUAGAUGUUCUUCAACUUGGAAGGAAUGAACUUACUGGAAGCAUUCCAACAUGGAUUGGAAUAAAACUUACUCGUUUAAGAAUUCUUAACCUUGGAUCCAACCGUUUCGAUGGAAAUAUUCCUCAUGAGCUUUGUCAUAUUAUACAUAUUCAUAUAUUAGAUCUUGCUCAUAACAACCUAUCUGGAAAUAUUCCAGAUGCUUCAACAACUUUAGUAUCCUUUCCGGCACCGAAAGCAAUUCAAGAGACUUUGCUUAUAGCAUUAGCAUUAUUGGACCUGAAUUAUUUAUUGCUGGUGAUUCAUUGGUGA